AUGCCUCCCGUAUCGCGUCCAGUGCGCCGGCUGCGCACGAUAGAGAUCGACGAGCUUCCGGCUGGCACCAGCAGCUCUCUCUCUCCAGCGGCGCGUUCGGCGGCCGUGGUUGGGGGCAGCACGGACCUCAUCGGUCACACGCUUCGUGGCUCAAGCCGGGUCCGUGGCGCUAUCGCAAUCAUCUGCGUGCUCUCGAUCCUCCUCGUCGGCCCGUCCCUUCCUCUCGCGCUUCUUCACGCCCUUUGGUCCGGGAGGCUGCACCUCGCCGCGGCGCUGGCCGCCGUAAUUCUUGCCUCCGCCCUGCUGCCUGUGCGCGAGAGCGCGCUGGCGGCUCGGCUCUACCUCCAAGCGGCCGGCUUCCUGCGCCACGGCGUUUCCUUUUGGGUCGAGCGGCGCGUGCGCGUGAUGGACGUGAUGCAAGCCGACGACGGCAGCAUGUGGUGCAUGCACCCCCAUGGCACGUCCGUCGGCUUCGGCUUCACGCUCAACGGCGCCGUCCGAUUCAAGGCGAUUCUUCGACGGCACGGCGGCGCGGAACGGUUGGCAGCCAAGCGGCCGGACCUGUACCUGCCGGCCGAGGCGCCGCUCCUCUUUCGGCUGCCGCUCGGCAUGUUUGGCUUGUUCCGGCAGCGCUCCGACUUUGGCAUCCUGCCGGGCGGGAUGGAGGAGGUCGCCCUGUUCGAGUUUGGUCGCGAGCGCGUCUACCUCAAGAGGAGGAAGGGCUUCAUCAAGUACGCGCUGCAGCACGGCGACGAGCGGACUAGAAGCGAAAUCUGCCAAACUAGCGGGGUCGGGACACAGCGGCGAGUAGUAGGCUACCUCCUCCUUCUCGCGUACACCUUUGGCGAGUGCGACCUCUACCGCUCCGUCGGCGCCGGGAAAAGGCUGCGCAUGUGGCUGCUGCGCAGGUGCGGCUUCGUGGUGCCCCUCUUCUACGGAGCGUGGUGGUGCCCGCUCCUCCCGCGUGCCGACGUCGCCGUCCACACCGUCGUCGGCGCGCCGCUGCAACUGCCGCGCAUCGCCGAGCCGACCGCCGAGCAGGUGACGGCGUACCACGCGCUGUACGUCGAGGCACUGACGCGGCUCUUCGAUGACCACAAGGCGCGCUUCGGCACCAACUUCCCGAUUAAGUACGGUUAA